CAAACACCCGAUCAUCUCUGCCCGCCACGAAGCUCGUCUACUUUAGAAUGAUGGAAGGGUAAUAUAAUGUACAACCAAACUACCGAUAGUAGACAGCAGGCCAGGCACCUAUUAAAUAUUUCAGAUUUCGUGAAAUUCAAGGAUGGAUCAAAGGCUUCAAGAUACUUCGACCAUCUCGAAACAGAUUCCCGUGCACAAUUUUGCAGAGUUGUGAUCCAAAUCAACAGAGACGAAGAUGGAAGGGAUAGAGCACAAGAUGAUCGGCGUCAACGGUAUCAAUAUGCACGUUGCAGAGAUGGGUCAAGGCCCAAUUGUACUACUAAUCCACGGUUUCCCUGAGCUCUGGUACUCCUGGCGCCACCAGAUCAUCUACCUCGCCGCCCAUGGGUACCGAGCAGUCGCCCCGGACCUCCGUGGUUACGGAGACACCACCGGUGCACCUAUCGGCGAUCCUACCAAGUUCACUACACUUCACGUUGCCGGCGACAUGGUCGCACUCAUCGAUUCUCUUGGUGCCGAUAAGGUGUUUGUUGUCGGGCAUGACUGGGGCGCCUUGAUUGCUUGGCGCCUGUGUUUGUUUAGACCUGACAAAGUUAAAGCCUUGAUCAAUUUGAGCGUUCACUUUACCCCAAGAAACCCUAAACGGAAAAUUUUAGAGAAUGUUCGUGCUGCGUACGGAGAUGAUCACUACAUGUGCAGAUUUCAGGAACCAGGGGAAAUGGAAGCUGUGUUUGCUAGUUAUGGAACCAAGAAAGUUAUUGAGAAAUUCUUGACAUACAGGGAUCGUGAUCCUUUUUAUUUCCCUAAAGAUAAGCCCUUUGGAGCUUUGUAUGAUACUCCUGUCAUCUUGCCAUCAUGGCUAUCUGAAGAUGAUGUUGAUUAUUACACCAAAAAAUUCGAGCAAACUGGCUUUACAGGAGGACUAAACUACUAUCGUUGCGCUGACCUAGACUGGGAACUGGAAGCACCAUGGACAGAUGCUAAGGUAAGUGUUCCAGUAAAGUAUGUUGUUGGGGAGUUAGAUUUGGUGUAUAAUAAGGAAUACAUAAAUGGUGGUGGAUUUAAGAAAAAUGUACCUCAGUUGGAGGAAGUUGUGGUGAUUGAAGGUGCAGCUCACUUCAUCACUCAAGAAAUACCAGACAAGAUCAACAAACACAUUUAUGACUUCCUGCAGAAGUUCUAACGUUCAUUAAUGUUCUGAUUUUGGGGGAGAUUCCAUGGAGGUGUGUAGAAUGAAAUUAAGGAACAUUGAUUACACCAAUUGUAAUAUGUAAAGGGGAUUAGUAAUCACCUCCAUACAUAUAUAAUUCAGCAUACAUAAGGAGUUAAAUUACAAUACCUAGUGAUAUCUUACUUUGGC